UCCACGUGAAGAAAUCGUUGAUGAACGUUAACAAGUGUGUGUGUGAUAUAAGCUCGGUCUUCUUUCCACGUCGUUGUGUUUUCCUUGAUAGAGAAUAUUUGAAUUGAGGAUGUCACAGCUACCUCUUCCAAAUUUUGGAAACUUUCGGCCAGCUUUUAACACUGGUGGAAAUUCAGGGUGGCCGAUGCAAACUGCACCGUCGAUUUUUGGAAGACCACAUAGUUCUUCGAUGAGUUUUUCACCCUUACUGUCUGUUCACUCUUUUCCUGGCUACCCUGGGUGUCACAUCACGCCUGGAAUACGGCCGAACAUACCGUUAUUACGACCUCCCUCUAGCCACGUGGUUUCCCAGGAAAGGAACCCAUCGUUCCAACAACCACAGGCUACCAAUGUCCAGGGAUCAGCAAGCAAAACAACAGAAGAUAGGGAAAAUGUCUCUUUGAGGAAAGAAUUCAGUUGUGAUGCUUGUCAGAAAGAUUUUUCAAGUAAAGAGACUCUGACUGCACAUUUGGGAUCCCACAUUCAGUGUAGUUAUGAAGGGUGCACAUUCAAGGCUGGAAGGAAAGUUGUAAAACUUCAUUGGAUACAGACUCAUGAAACUGGCAGAAUGAGGAUUAAGUUGGAUACCCCAGAGGAAAUAGCAAAGUGGAGAGAAGAAAGAAAAAGGAAGUAUCCCACUCUGGCUAAUGUGCAGAAGAAAAUGGAAGAAGAUGCAAAGAGGAAAGCAUCAGGGCAAGUUUUGAAAACCAAGAAUUUUAGAUACCGCAGAGGCCAGGGUAGAGGAAGAUCAUUUCAGCGAGGUGGUCAGAACCAUUUUAACAACAGACGUCAUCCAAAGAGAUUUCCAAAGGAACUGAAUGGAUUAGAUCACACAGCUGGUGACCAAGCAAAACAACAAUUCAGAGAUGUGAACCAGGAGAAGGUAGCACAACCUUCUAAUAGAUUACACAAUGUUGAAGAUCCACUUUCAUUGGUUCUUGAUGACUGCUUUGAAAAUGAGCCAGGAAAUCAAAUGUGGGAGAGUUUAUCUCAAGAAAGAUUGUUGAAGGAAACAUCAGAUAACUCUGACCCUGCACUUUGUAGUGGAACAUCUGGGAUUUCAGCCCUAAGUUCACUCUGCACAGCAUAUGCCAGUGACUCAGAAGAUGACAAACCAUCAGAGGAAAUAAACAACAACAUAAACACUGCUAGCCUUCCACAAGCAACAAAAACAGAAGAGGGAGCUGCUGUUAAAUGUACAUCUGCUGAUACAAAUGUGAAAAAAGAACAACGUAAAGCAACCAAAAGACGUCACAGAAAAUCAAGAAAAACGUUCUCAAAGGGAAACUCCAACUGUGUAGGAGUAAGGAAGUCAACUUUACUUGAAAAGCUGUUGGCACCAGAUAUUCGACAUGAAAGAAAUGUAAUUCUACAAUGUUUGCGAUACAUUGUAAAAAAACAUUUUUUUGGAGUAGGAGAUACAAGUGUUCCAGAGGAUGUUGUCAAUAAAUGAAAUUGUGAUGAGUGUAAAAAUAAAUUAUAAUUGAAAACAUACUGGUACAUGUACAUACUUUUAUGGACUGUGUUUUUUUGUGAGAUCGAAGAAACAUCAUUGAUAAUUAACUUAAUCAGGUGAUAUGGCAUUAACUUAACAUCCUAGGUAAAAACAACAACAGCUGUUGGCACCAGAUGUUUGACAUGAAAGAAACGUAAUCCUACAGUGUUUGCAAUACAUUGUGAAAGAACAUUUUUUUUUUAAGGAAGGAGAUACAAGUGUUUCAGAGGAUGUAGUCAAUAAAUGAAAUUGUGAUGUAAAAAUAAAUUAUAAUUGAAAACACACUGGUACAUGUACAUACUUUUAUGGACUGUUUUUUGUAAGAUUGAAGAAACAUCAUUGAUAAUUAACUUAAUCAAUUGGUAUGGCAUUAACUUAACAUGCUAGGUAAAAAAAUUAUUACAACUUAAAAGCAACUUCAGUUAAAAAUAUUUUUAUGCACUGGUUACUGCCUAGUAGGAAAAAAAUUCCAACACUUUGUAUGGUGACCACACCUGUACACUGCUAAUUUCCUCAUUAAAGUUGAUAGAUUGCUUGA